AAAGGUGGCCGGCAACAGUUGAUCAUACGAGAUGACAUCUCUUAGCCGAGCGACAUCCCUUAGCCAAACGAGGAGAGUAUCCGGGAUUUUAGUGAAAUAAAAGAGAGAGAAAAAAACCAGCAACUGCGACUGUUUAGGUUAAAUUUACUGUCUUUUUCUUCACUUUCUGGGUUUUGAUUUGUUCAGCAGAGACAGGAGAAAAGAGUUAAGAAAAAACCCUGCAAAAAAAAAAACAGGGAAACGAGUGAAAGAACGAAAAGAGAUUUAUACAAGCACUGGAAAUUUUGAAGCAACACCAACAGAAGCAGCUUUACCGACAAGAAAAGAUACAAAAAAUACUGUUUUUAAACACUUUGAGAUGGUUUAAGAUUAUUUGGUUAGGUAAUAACCUAAAGCGUAAACACGUUCAAGAGAGAAAAUUGGCGGUAGCUCGGGGGAAACAAGAACUGGAAAGUGCAACCAUUUAGAAAUAUUGGGUUGUAAAACAUCAAAACGGAGAGGUAAGUUUCUGAUAUGGAUGAUCAAUUCGAGGAGGUACAAUGGCUAGGUUUUUCUCACUAGGUGGAAGAGGAAGUAACAGCCAACAAAGCAACCCACAAACUGAAAUUCAACCCGAGUGCUGGUUUUGGAAUAAAAAUGAUGACAUUUCUUACAAGGGUUUCGAGCCAUGGCAACAGCAAGAUCUUUGUUCAUCAGCGACGGGGUUAGGUUUUGGCCCUAGCAGGAGCUCCAUCAAUGUUUCGGAUGAUUCUUCGAGCUCGAGAUCGGGUUUGGUGAUGGGGAGAAGUAGUAGUGGAGGGGGGAAAGGAAGCAUGAAUUGCCAAGAUUGUGGGAAUCAAGCCAAAAAAGAUUGUCUUCACAUGAGGUGUAGAACUUGUUGUAAGAGCCGAGGAUUUGAUUGCCAGACCCAUGUUAGAAGUACUUGGCUUCCUACUUCUAAGCGCCGUGAAAGGCAACAAAAUCUUCCUGCUGCUAUGCAGCAGCAGCAACAACAGCCGCAGGAGCAGCUUCGUGGAGUGAAUCCCAAAAGACAGCGAGAGAAUCCAACACCUUCUUCCCUUGCCUGCACUCGUUUACCAACACACAUGUCAGGGUUAGAGCAACUGAGGAAUUUUCCGGCAGAAGUGAGCUCCCCCGCGGUGUUUCGAUGCGUGACAGUGAGUAGCAUCGACGGUGCAGACGAUCAGUAUGCUUAUCAGACGGCAAUGAGCAUCGGAGGACAUGUUUUCAAGGGAAUUCUUUACGAUCAAGGCCCUGAUACUGACAGUGACUACAACAAUAUGGCUGCAGCAACAACAGCAGCUGGUGAGAGUUCUACCACAACCAAUGCGGCUACCUUUGCAGCUAAUGUCAGUUCCGGUAGCGUAACAGCUGCUGCUGCUUCAUCAGCCACCGCAGUUUUAGACCCUUCAUCUCUUUAUGCAACUCCACUCAAAAUUUUCAUGGCCGGUACGCAGUUUUUUCCAAACCCAAGAUCUUAAAAAAAAAAAACUCUACAGUUGUCUUCUUUUUCUCUGGUUUUGUCAACAUUCUAAGCAUUUGAUGAUACAACCUAACAUUGAAGUAGGGAGUUUAAAAGGAAAACAGAAGAGAGAGAGAGAUGCUGGAGAUUUCUGUUCAUUUUUUGUGCAAAAUUGAAGGCUUUUGGAUCAAAUUAUCAAUACAAAUUCUUCUUCCCCUUUAAACGAAAUCUAAAGCUGUUUUUGUAGGAAAAUAAGCGUUAGCAACUUAGCAUAUAGGGUUGCAAGUGAGUUUAAUAUUAUUUUAGUGAGUGUGGGUGGUGGAGGGGUUUUUAUAUAUUUUUUUUGGUUGAAUAAUUUCGGAUUUUCCACUACACUUUUUCGGUUGAUUUUCGACGGAGCUGCUUUUUCCCUGUUUCUCCGUAUGUUUGCCGGUUACAAAACGAAGACAGUAUUGGUUUAACCUGUGACGCUAUGGGCGGUCCCGCCAUGCAUAACUGAGAGUGAAACAUUAAA